ACGCAGAUACUGAUCACUAACAGGAAAUCUCUGUGUUCACUUCCAUUUUCUGAACAUUAACAUAAUUGUCGUGCUGAAAAACAAUGGCUGAAGCAACAUCUUCUGCGUCCCAAGAUCUGUUUAACUGUCCUGUGUGUCUAGAGCCGCAGAACGACCCUGUGUCCAUCCCUUGUGGUCACAUCCACUGCAUGACAUGUAUUACGAGCUUCUGGGAUCAAACCGGAGACUACAGCUGCCCUCAGUGUCGACAGACUUUUGUGUCACGGCCUGCUUUGCAAAGAAACACCUUGGUGGCUGAACAGAGUGAUGCGGACCCUUCGUGUGUGGUGUGUGACAUCUGCACCUGGAGGAAACUCAGAGCAGUGAAGUUUUGCCUCACCUGCUUGGCCUUCUACUGUGAGGAGCACAUCCAGUUUCACCAAGAGUCUGAAGCGCUGAGACGACAUGUGCUGGUGGAGCCAAAUGGACAUAUUCACCAGAAAAUGUGCACAAGGCACCAGAAGGUUCUGCAGCUAUUUUGUCGGACAGAUCAGACAGCAGUCUGCUACUUGUGCCUAACAGGUGACCACCAGGGCCAUGACGCCAACACAACUGAGGAGGAACGAGCAGUGAAACAAAUUGAACUUGGGGUGACACAAUCAAAGCUCCUGAAGAGGAUUCAAGAAAAACAGGAGGAACUGCACCAGAUCCGACAUAAUAUUGAUCUUCUCAAGAGCUCAGCAGAGAGAGAAACCCAAGAAAGUAGAAAGAUCUUUACCAGCCUGGUUUGCAUCAUUGAAGAUGCUCAGAAGAAAGUGAUAGAGCUGAUAAGACAGCAAGAGACCAGAGAAAUGGAGAAAGCAGAAAGAGCGAUGAGCCAGCUGGAGAAGGAGAUCGAGGAGCUGAAAAAGAAAAACGCUGAGCUGACGGAGCUGUCAAAGACUGUCGACCACAUCCACUUUCUCCAGGUCUUUCCAACGUUAUACAUUCCUCCAGAGAAGCACCUUCUCAACAACAGUGCUGUCAAUAUGGAUUUCCCAUCCAAAGAUCUGAGAAAGGAACUAUCCCGCCUCAAAGAACACCUGGAGGAGAUCAGCAAACUGGGAUUUGUGAGGAGAAUCGAUAGGGUCAGAGCACCUCCAGCACCAAAUAUACGAGAGGACUUCUUACCAUAUUCCUGUCAACUCACCCUGGAUGGCAAAACAGCAAACAAAGUAUUGGCAGUGUCGGAAGAGAAGAGCAUGGUAACAUGGAGGAAAUAUCCCCCCCGUCGCAGUCAUGGGCGUAAAAAGCCAUCUAUAGUUAAGCAUCAGAUUAUGUGCGGAGAGAGAUUGGCCGGCACUCGCUGUUACUGGGAGGUGGAGUGGAGUGGAGAAGUUGACAUAGGAGUUGUAUAUAAAGGAGUCGCCACCAAAGCAAAGCCCCAUUUUGGAGAUGAUGACAGGUCUUGGUGUUUAAAUUGUUCUUCUCGAUUGUAUUCCUGUUUUUCUGCACGGCAUAACAAUGUGGAGACAAUAAUAACUGCCGACCGCUGUCCCAAAAUAGGGGUGUAUCUGGAUUAUGCAGCUGGGUAUCUUUCAUUUUAUAGCGUCAGUAACACAAUGUCCCUUCUGCACCAGUUUAAGGCCACUUUCCCCAAGCCACUCUGCCCAGUGUUUGCCCUUUUGUAUGGAUCAGCUGUAAAUAUUUGCCAGUUGAAGUAGCUUGAUAGUCUUCGCCAGUAAAAAUAAAUUAGGUUGUUACAGAUGUCUUGGAGAUGUCUUUAAAUGGAAAGCUGAGAAUUACACAUUGCUUAAAUGGCAGGCACUCGCUAACAGGCUUAAUGGAGAACUCUGCAAAAUUCCAGGAUAAAGAAAAUGUGCUCUGCUAUACUCGCGCGUAAUGGGAGAUGUUGUUUGAUGGCAAUUGGAUGUGUAUGUAUUGUAUUUCAGAGCUGUAUAAUGGCGUCAAGCAGCAAUCGUGUCUUUCUGGAAAUCACUUUAGCUUUAUCUAAUAAUAAUAAUAAUUCUUUGCAUUUAUAUAGCGCUUUUCUCACUACUCAAAGUGCUCAGCAAUUGCAGGUUAAGGGCCCAACAGAGCAGAGUCACUAUUGGCAUUUACGGGAUUCGAACCGGCAACCUUCCACCAGCCAGCCUGAAGGUAACAAAUUUAACUUAAUGUGAGGAAGUGGAGAAUGCCCUGAAAGUACAUUUCACAAGCUAGAUAAACAAAGCUGGAACAGCUACUGUAUAUAUUGAAAAAGGACCUUAUUUUAUACCAGAAAAAGUAAGAAAUACUAAAGUGCGCCUGAAAGUUUUUAGCAGUAGUGUUUUCUGCAUUGCGGCCCACUGGGGCAAAGCCCCACUAGAUGUUGUUUAAAAUGAGUAAUAAGUCUCCCUCAGUAACUUAAAUUAUUAUUAAAUGUGUAACAUAACCUUAGCCUUUCUUUGUUUUUCUACGCAAUUUUUUUCCAAUUCUCAGUCAUCUGUGGAAUGCAAUUUCUUACCUAGAAAGAUAUUGUUUUUUGUAAAAAGUGAAAGUGUCUAUGUGCCAGGCACAACGUGCCAAAUUCCAGCUGAGCGGCCAGGCCCUCUCUAUUGUUCUCAGUUUAUCCUCAGGCCUACAUCUGCAAAUGCAGCCUGAACUGUCACCGAUGCACACAUGAAAAAAAAGGUCAAUAAAAUGUUAAUGAAGGAUUGAAAAACAAGUAGGGCGGCCGUGCAGCUCAUGCGUACAGGUGCCGUUCUCAUCCCUACCACAUUCGCCGUCACUUCUCCUACCUCUUCAUAUCUUAAAUCUUGAGGCAGAUUGAAAAAUGAAGGAAAACGUACUAAGUAAUUACAACGCAAACACUGACUUAAUCAGUUUUAAUGUGAAAAGAUCCCGACGAAAGAUGAGAAGAAGCGGGCCGCUAGAGUGGAGAAGAGAAAAGCUGCUCAGGAAGCAGCAAGUGCAUCAUCCUCUGAGCAAAUGAAUGCUUAACGUACAGAGAAAGAGGAUGAAAACUAGGAAUGCUCAAGUCAAGUGUAUUCACUCACGUUAUCAUGCAGGGCGCCGUUACCGGUUAUUAAAUAAUGUAUUUCUAAAGAGAGAAAGCCAAGUUGCUUCAUCCCAUCCACAAUCUUCAACUAUACAGAAGUUUAUUCCCGCUAUUCAAAAGCAUUUUAUAUUGUGCUGUUUCAUAAAGGUAUUACAUUAUUUUGCAAUAAUCAUUGAGUUAUUUCUCAAAAAACACUUUAUUGCAUUAUUUCACAAGAGUACUGCAUUAUUUUACAAUAAUUAUUGCAUUGCAUUGUUUUGCUUAAGAAUUGCCUUAUUUCACAAUAAUUAUUUUGUUAUUUCGCAAAACUAUUGCAUUAUUUCACAAAGCUGUUCCUGCUUGCUGCUGGGAUCAUUGUGCUUGCCUGUGCUUUGGUCAUCAUUGUGUGCAAUCAAGUGACAACAACUGAACAGAUGUUAUAAAUAAAAUAGCAAAACAAUAACAACUUGUUCUUUUUCUCUUUUUUUGUCCAAAAUAUCUUUC